AUGAGCUCGCUGAUCGCGUCGACAUCCAAGGCGAUCGACUACAGCGUCCCACCGAGUCCCGUCUACAUACUCCGUGGGCAUACGGCCCAGAUCAGCUGCGUCAACUUCUCUCACGAUGGCACUGCAUUGUUUUCCGGGUAAGCCACGGCAGCCUAAUUUCUAUCCUCGAAGUCCAGUCGGAGCAUGGAGCUGGUUCUGAAGGUGGAUCGAUCUCUACAGUGAUGUCGAAGGAUGGGUAAUGGCAUGGAAUCUUUCGAGCUUUCGACCACGAUUCGUCUGGAAACCGCACGAGGCAGGUGUCCUCACCAUCGAGGAAUUUGACGACGGUCUGCUCACGUGAGUGCGAAGCAGCUCCUCCCUCUGCUCUCGAGCUCACCUUGCGACUUGUCGGCUUUGGACCCACAGACACGGCCGAGACAAUAAGAUCCACCAUUUUCAGCUGCCACAGUCCUUGCGGUCCAUCACGCGAUCAGCGGCUUCGGCCGUACCGAGCGUAAAGGACCCGACACCUUUGCACCCGGAUUGGAGCAUGGACGUCAACGCGAUGGCGUAUUGUCAAAUGUCUCUGUUGAAGAUCGCAUCAGAAGAAGCGGACCGAGGAAAAGGAAAGGGGAAGGAACGAGCCUUGGUGGCGGUUCCGGCCUUGACCAAGGACGAGCAGGUGAGCACACGAUUGGAAGUUGAUCGGACUCCAGAAUGCUGAUGAUGUGAUCCAUUUACCUACCCACAAGGUCGACAUUUCCCAUCUACCGUCCCUGUCUCGGGUCCAUCGUUCAAUCGGAGAAGGAUGCUUCAUCGGGAGCAAGACUGGUAAAUUGGGUUGAUUCAAGUUCUCUCCAGCCCGGGAUCGAAUGAAGCUCACGCACCACACACCAUACGCUUGUACCCAGGAACCGUCAUGGCUGUCGAGCUCUUCAUAAACCCCACUUCACCGAGCCAGCUACAUCUCCUCGCCGCCUACGAAGAUGGUCGAGUCGCGCUCUUCUCCUACACCUCCUCCCCAUCAUCAGCUUUCUCCCCGCCGACGAACUAUCGUUCCGAAUCCGAAGGCUGGGGGUUGAAGUGGAUAAGUAAAGGGCAUCGGGAAGCGGUCAUGUCAAUGGCGCUUUCACCGGACAAGAAAGAGGCGUGGAGCAUCGGUGCCGAUCAUUACUUGUGUCGGUAUCAGCUUUGGGAGGAAGAAGAGGACAAGCGGCUCGAUCGGUUCGAGAUGACGGGACCGGGCAAGUCGGCGGUCGGUGUAAGGGAUGAUGGAAGGAUCGUAGCCGUCUCCGGAUGGGAUGGAGAGUGAGCGCAUUUCCUCUGUUCAAGGCAGCCGAGAAAGACAGGAAGCUGAAGUGGCCCUUGCGAUCCUCACAGAGUCCAGAUUUUUUCGACCAAGUCGGGCAAGCCGCUGGCCGUGCUCACGUAUCAUCGCACGUCGUUGCAAACCUUGGCUUUCGCACCGACCAGGCAGAGUGCUGAACGGGACGCGGAAAGUGAUAACGAUAGUGACGACGAGGAAGAUAGGGGCAACGGGCAACAGAGAGCAUGGCUAGCGACCGGCGGCAAGGACGAGCGCAUCAGCCUCUGGGACAUCUACCCGCCCCACUCCCUUCCCGCAUGA